AUGCUGCGCCAUUCAAACUUACUUGUGCCAAAUAUGAUUACACUGUCGUCGGAAAAGGGACCACAUCUGGUCCUCUCUCGCGAGGCGGAGGUAUACCAUGUCCUGCGGAAGCUCGGGGCUCUGUUGUUCCGAUUUGCUUGGGUACUAUUUCUUCAUGGGGCUGAGGAUAUUCGCCACUUGCUCCUGAUGGGCUGGGGAGGUAGGAGCACAGCAGCCAUCAAUCUAAUCCCGCGGUCUCGUCGUGAAAUCCAUAAGUCAGAGGCAGAAAUCAGCAACAUUCUAUGGAACGAAGAGCUAAGGCGAGCGUUGAUCAUUGACUUUCACCGGUCUAUCUUGGCACGUCGACCAAUUUCACAACGCCCACGAACAGCAAAGAGGCGACUGUAUCAGUCAGAGACUAAAGUCAAACGCCUAUGUGUUUCAUCGGAUGAGAAAUGUGCUUUAAAGUAUUGA